UUCAAUCCUGCAGGAGAGAUCAAAACCAGAGCCCAGCUCUGCGUCAAUGAAGAGUGACUGGUCAAUGGAUGAGCCAAAACAAUUUAAGUGUGGAAACAUACAACCUAGUCUCAGAGACCAGACUUGUUAUUUUUGACCUGCGAGAGGCAUUACCACCGAUCAUUAUACAGAUCAGUAGGCGUUACGUAUUGUGAGAGGCGAUCACACCGGAAGCUGGAUGUUUUGCUUUAUAAAGUUUCACAUAAGGAUAUUUAGUUUUAUGACACAUAUAUGCACUUUUUGGAGCUUCAAAAUAAUGGCCUCCAUUUACUGCCAUUAUCAAGCUUGGAAGAGCCAGGAUAAAUUUUAAAAUGUAAGUUUUACACCUAGGAUGGCUUGAGGGUAAGUAAAUCAUGAAGUAAUUUUCAUUUUUGGGUGAGCUAUUCCUUUAAUGAGUCUCUCCAACAGUGUGUAACUUUAGCCAUGUUAGACGUGCAGCAUGCAAUCAAGCACAUUCAGAAUAAAAUGUUCAGCAAACAUUCACAAAAUAUAUGCCGUAUUUACAUGUUCUGGAUAUGUUGGAUCACAAACAGUUUCUAAUGAUCCAUUUUGAGAGUUAUAUUUCAUAUGUGCACUUCUCCUGUAUGGUUUAUGCCUAAUGCUGCAUUCACGCCACCACGUAAUUACAGUAAACUCAAAAUUACCUAGGAAACUCAUAUUUGUGAUAAUUCCAAUAGCACGUGAAGGCAGCAUAAGACAGCCCUCUCCUGGUAAGGGGGCGGUGAGCAGGAGCUCACUUGCAUUUACAGAUACACGCAAAGAAAAUCAGCCAUUUUUUUUCUCCCACCCAAGAAGAGGCAGUUACAACAUGGUAUAAUAAAUAAUCUGUGGGAUAUUUUGAGCUGAUACUUCACGGACACGUUCUGGGGACACCUGAGACUUAUAUUACAUCUUGCAAGAAGGGGCAUAAUAGGUCCUCUUUAAUAAAAAGUGAGUUCAAAUUCUUAGUUGCAAUCUAUAAUUGAAGACUUAAAGUCUGUGUAAAGUCAAUAUUAAAUGAGUUUGUCACAACACAGAAAAAUGUGUUAUUAACAACCCAGCCAAAUUUCAAUGCUAAAAAAAAAAACGCCAAGUAAAUAAAAUAAGGUAUCAAAAUCUUGAAAAAAUAAGCAGUAUUCUCUGCUCUCAAACACUUGUGGCGUGUCCACUGGCGGCGCUGAAACCACACCCACUCGCGGGAAAGCUGCUGUCUCUCUCAACUGUCUUCCUCUAGCAGCUUAUUUAAUAAGGAGACCAAACUGUUUUGUAAAUGAUCGCAUUAUGCAGGUAUUAUGCAUUUACGUGACGAAGGCAUAGCUUGCUGGCAAACUGUAGGCUGUAGUAACGGUAAUGACAGUAACUUGCAAUUGAGCCGUGAACCACUGAUGCUAAUGCGCUCUAGUUAUUAGGUGUGUUUCGACUUCAAGCAGCGCUGCAGAACGAUCAGUGUAUGACAUCAAAGUACCACAAGAGCGAUUCGAAAGCAUCAGGAGCAUCUGCUCUCUGUAGUUCUCACUGUAAUUUGAUGUCACAAAUUCUGCAAUGGUCUGCAGCGCUGUGUCAAGUCGAACACACGUCUUACAGUGCGUUUCCACUGGCACAUAGCGAGCGCAGCGGAGCGAGCGUUUUCAAUUAAUUCCUAUGGAAGUUGAGCUUAAACGCUCACACAGUGCAUUAUGGGAUUGAGAGCAGUGGGGUUGAGCACAGAUUUGACGCUGUAGUGGAAACCACUAGCGUAGCCAGAAAUGUUUAAGUGGGUGGGCCAAGUGUAUAGCAUAUGAAAACUGCAUGUCAAAUUGCCAACAAAAAAUACAGCACCAAGGUUCAUUACACAAUACUUCUAAAGCAUGCAUUAACAGUAAUUUGUUAUGUUGAUGUUCAUUUCAAAAUUUAGGACAUUAUUAAAAUUAAAAGUUGUAUCUGUUAACAUUUGCCUGAGCCGCUUAACAAAGAUGAACAAACACGAUAACAAAUGUAUUUCUAAUGUUAGUUAAUGCAUUAACUAACGUUAACUAAAAUAAGUUUAUUAAAAAGCAUUACCUCAUGUGAAACAACGGGGCUUCGCUGAUGAUUUCAUAAUCAAACGUCUCUGUCAGUUCAUGCACAUCGAGGACCACAGAAAUGUGCGCAGCUGCAAAUUAUGCAGUUUGUUGUGGCAACCAGGAUCUAGCACAAUAGCCCCUUUCGCACCGCUUUAGUUCUAGAACUAAAAGUACAGUACUAAAGUACUCGGACGAUUUAAACCAUUUAAAGGGUUGCAUUCGCACCGGCAGUGGGUACUAAGAAGUGACGUAAGCUGGUCGACAGCGACGUGAAAAUUUUGAGGUUUGAGCUGUGUAGAGUAGUGCUUGUUUGUCGUUUCUCCGAUCACAAAUGCAGACAUGGUAUUGUUUACACGGCGCGAUGCAACACGGUGCGUAAAAAUACAGUAUAAGUCAAGUCACGUUAAUUUAUAUAGCGCUUUUAACAAUACAGAUUGUGUCAAAGCACUAAACAGUAUCAAAUUAGAGGAUAGAGUGUCAGUAAUGUAUAAUGAUAAGAUUAAACACUCAAUUUUCAAUUUUCAGUUAAAGGCAUUUCAUUAUUGAAUUCAGAGAUGUCAUUGUCUAGCUCAGUUUAAAUAUUAUCUGUGCAAUCAAAUUGGCGAUAAUCGCUAGAAAUUAGGUGUCCCCAACUGAGCAAGCCAGAGGCGACAUAAAAGUCAUUAUAAUCAGUAAUUAUGUCCCCACUGGAUGCAACAAAUGCCUUGUUUAUAAUGGGUUUUAUUGUUUUUGUGUCGUCACGCCGGGACACGACAUCACAAUACGGUAAGGGGCGUAACAUUUCCAUCUCACACUUGAGGUAUUCGGCCAAUCACAACGCACUGGAUAGCUGGCCAAUCAGAGCACACAUCGCUUCUCAGAGCGAUGAGCUUUGUAAAAAUUGGCGUGUUUCAGUAAGGCAGGGCAUAGAGGAGCAACAAUAAUGAACAGUAUGUGGAAAAUUUUGAACCUUAAACCGCAUAAACACAUUGCAUUACACCAAAUAAACAAAAUAAUGUUCUUUUUAGCAAUGUCAUAUGAAAAGGAAAUGGAUGAACCUUUGGUAGUUUCAGUCACUGACAAAAGGAAACAUUGUCAACCUCAAUCCUGCUCGUUAUAAAGCUAAAGAAAAUUGUUAUAGUGGCAAUAACAGGAUUUUGUGGUUAGCAUGUAAAAGGCAUGUAAGGUUUUUGACAAAAAAGCAAGCAUGGACCUUGCUGGUUUUGCAGCAAAAGACAAUCAAAUUUGUUAAAUACAAAUGAAUGGACUAAAGUAACAUUUUUUGAAAAUAUGGCAUAUCAAUAUGGCAUAUCAAUAGCUGACUAAUAACCUUUUCAUUGCCAUUGAAGCGAAAUUACUGGACAUAAAUGUAGGAGCCUGAUAAAAAUGCUCCUUUUAAAAGAAAAAUGUCAGAUGGACUUCAAGGCAUUUCAAGUCCUUAAAUGAUUACCACUGUGCCCUUAUGUAUUGUUAAUACAUUCACACAAACUGAUGGUAUGUUAUUCAGUUAAUGAUACAAUUCAUCAAUAUCGGAAUGUCUGACUCUUAAUUCUUUUCAUGCUGAUUACGGUUAAACCAACUAUCCAGACCAGCCCAAAAAACACCUGCUGAUAGGACAUAUGACCGGUCUGUGGAACAACCACAGGAUUAUGAUGAAAGCAUGUGUCCUGGUUUGAGCCAUGACUCUGAAAUCCUCAACACAUUUAGAUCAAACCAGAGGAAGAAGUUUGAGUGUCUGUAUGAGGGAACGGCGACACAGGGAAACCCAGCACUCCUGAAUGAGAUCUACACAGAGCUCUACAUCACAGAGAGUGAGAGUGGAGAGAUCAGUGAUGAGCAUGAGGUGAGACAGAUUGAGACACAGUCCAGGAGAGCAGCAACAGAGGACACAGCCAUCAAAUGCAGUGACAUUUUUAGACCAUUACCUGGACAAGACAAAGUCAUCAGAACUGUGCUGACAAAGGGAGUCGCUGGUAUUGGAAAAACAGUCUCUGUGCAGAAGUUCAUCCUGGACUGGGCUGAAGGGAAAGAAAAUCAGGACAUCCAGCUCAUAUUUCCACUUCCUUUCAGAGAAAUCAAUUUGAUGAAGGACAAAACACUCAGUCUUUCAGAUCUUCUUCAUGUAUUUUUCCCUGAAACUAAAGAAAUGGAAAUAUCCAGUGAUGAAUAUAAAGUGUUGUUCAUCUUUGAUGGUCUGGACGAGUGUCGCCUGUCUCUGGAUUUUCAGGGCGAUGUGAGGUUGUUUGAUGUAAGUGAAUCAGCCUCAGUGGAAGUGCUGCUGAUUAACCUGAUUGUGGGGAAUCUGCUUUCCUCUGCUCUCAUCUGGAUCACCUCCAGACCAGCAGCAGCUGAUCUCAUCCCCUCUGACUGUGUCCAUCGAGUGACAGAGGUACGAGGCUUCAAUGAGCCACAGAAGGAGGAAUACUUCAGCAAGAGAAUCAGAGAUCAGAAUCUGGCCAAUACAGUCAUCUCACACCUGAAGUCAUCAAGGAGCCUCUACAUCAUGUGCCACAUCCCAGUGUUCUGCUGGAUCUCAGCCGCUGUUCUAGAGAAGAUGUUGAGUCGAGUAGAGAGUGGAGAGAUUCCCAAGUCUCUCACUCAAAUGUACACACACUUCCUGAUCCUUCAGACCAACAUCAAACAUGAGAAGGACUAUGAGAAGAAACUGAAAGAUGAAGACAUGAUUCUCAAACUGGGAAAACUGGCUUAUCAGCAGCUUGUGAAAGGAAACCUGAUCUUCUAUGAGGAAGACCUGAGAGAGUGUGGCAUUGAUGUGACAGAAGCGUCAGUGUACUCAGGAUUGUGCACUCAGAUCUUCAGAGAGGAGUUUGGCUUGUAUCAGGGGAAAGUCUUCUGCUUUGUUCAUCUGAGCAUUCAGGAACAUCUUGCAGCUCUGUAUGCACAUCUCUCUUUUACCAACAACAACAUCAAUGUGUUUGACCAAACCAAACAUAGUCUGUUCUCCAAAAUUUUAAAACGGAUGAGUUCAGUAUUUUAUCUUAUCUUAUCUUAUCGUAUCAGUAAGUUACAUCAAAAAGCUGCAGAUGAUGCUUUACAGAGCAAGAAUGGACAUCUGGACCUUUUCCUGCGUUUCCUUCUGGGUCUCUCUGUGGAGUCCAAUCAGACUCUCUUGCAAAAACUACCGACACAGACAAGAUGCUGCUCCUACAACAAAGAGGAAACAGUUCAGUACUUAAAGCUGAAGAUCAGGGACAUUCGCUCUCCAGAGAGAUCCAUGAAUCUGUUCCACUGUCUGAGUGAACUGGGUGAUCAUUCACUGAUACAGGAGAUCCAAGAUUAUCUGAAAUCUGGACAAAUAGGUGAAACCAAACUCUCCUCUUCACAGUGGUCAGCUCUGGUUUAUGUGUUGCUGACAUCAGAACAGAAGAUAGAUGUUUUUGAUCUAAAACAGUUUAUUGGAGCACAAAAUACAGCAGAUGAAGUUCUUCAGAACCUGUUGCCUGUGGUUAAAGAAUCCAGAUCAGUUCAUAUGAACUACUGCUGUGUCACGGAUGAAGGUUGUGCUGCUCUGGCUUCAUGUCUGAGAUCAAAUCCCUCAAACCUGAGAGAACUAGAUCUGAUUCAGAAUAACAUAGGAGACACCGGAGUGAAGCUGCUCUCUUCUGGACUCAAAGAUUUUCACUGUAAACUGGUAACAUUGUGGUUGAAUGAUUGUGGUGUCACAGAUGAAGGUUGUGCAGCUCUGGCUACAGCGCUGAGAUCAAACCCCUCACACCUGAGAGAACUGGAUCUGUCAUGGAAUAAACUAGGAGAUUCAGGAGUGAAUCUGCUCUCUGCUGGUUGUUCUCAUUGUAAACUGGAAACACUGAAGCUACAUAGCUGUUAUCUCACUGAUCAUUGUUGCAAAAGUUUGUCUUCAGUUUUGCAAUCCCCAAACUCUGUCCUGAGAGAGCUGGACCUGAGUAACAAUGAUCUGCAAGAUUCAGGAGUAAAGUUUCUUUCUGAUGGAUUGAAGAGUCCAAACUGUCAGUUGGAGAUACUGAGAUUGUCUGGCUGUAUGGUGACAGAGGAAGGCUGUCGUUAUGUGUCUUCAGCUCUGAGUUCAAACCCCUCACACCUGAGAGAGCUGGUUCUGAGCUACAAUCACCCGGGAGAUUCAGGAGUCAAGUUGCUUUCUGACAUUCUCAACCAUCCUGACUGCACACUGGACAAACUCAAUGUGGAUCAUGGAGAAGAGUUCAGGAUUACAGCAGGACUACAAAAAUAUGCCUGUGAUCUCACAGUGGAUCCAGACACAUCACACAAUCAUCUCAUUCUGUCUGAGGAAAACAAAAAGGUGACACAUGUGAGAGAAUAUCAGUCAUAUCCUGAUCAUCCAGAGAGAUUUGACAAGACUCUUCAGGUUCUGUGUAGAGAGAGUCUGUCUGGACGCUGUUACUGGGAGGCUGAAUGGAGUGGAGAUGCUGUUAUAUCAGUGACAUAUAAAGGAAUCAGCAGGAAAGGACGGAGUGAUGAUUGUGUGUUUGGACGCAAUAAGAACUCCUGGAGUCUGAGACGCUCUAAUGACAAAUUUACUGUGUGUCACAAUAACAAGUUCACUGACAUUUGUGUCUCUUCAGGCUCAUGUUGUAGAGUAGGAGUGUAUGUGGACGUGUCCGCUGGCACUCUGUCCUUCUACAGUGUCUCUGACACACACAAACUCACACGAUUGCACACAUUCACUUCCACAUUCACUGAGUCUCUCUGUGCUGGAUUUAGGGUUUAUGGUUUGAACUCCUCAGUGUCUCUGUGUGAGAUUAAAAACGGUAAGAAACAACAAAGAUGACACACCCAGCCCACUCUCUCUUUGAACUGUUGCCCUCUGGCUGGCGCUACAGAGCACCGACCACCAGAACAGCCAGGCACAAGAAAUUUUUCAGCCUGAACAGUUAAAACUUUCAUAACUAUACAGUAUCCACCAUAACUAUGCAUUUGUAAAUAACCUAAAAAUAGUUUUAAGCCGUCGUUUUGAGUCUCAUUGCUUAUUCGUCAUCGGACAGGGCUCCCCCUUCUGGUGCAGCAGAGCCACAGCUCCCUUAGGUCGCAGUGGGAGCCUAUGGCGAGAGAUAUGUGACAGGAUUACCUGCCUAAGUAGACAGUCGUGUACUUUUACGUGUGAGAAGGGUACUUCGCCUCAACAGACACGUUGUCUCGGCAGACGUGUGACACCAACGUUGUUGAUAAGUACGUCGCUGCGUUAGACUUGUGCUCUAAAUAAUACAUUGUCAGCAGAGCUGUAAUUUUACCAAGUAUUAUACAGUAAUAAAAAUUUAAGAUGAACAUGUAAUAUAACAAGUAAUAAAAAGUAAUAUCUUAAGUAUA